AAGGCGUUUAGCUUAAACGGUCCAUAAGCAAAAUUAUCGCUCCUAUUUAUUUUGUAAACAGUUGCACCUAAUUUUUCUGAACUUCAUGCAUAAUUGUUAUGUUUAGACAGAAAAGUUAAGUUUGCUUGUAAUCUAUAAUUUUGUUUCAUUGAUAUUUUUUACUUAAGCCCCGUUUACACGAGCAAAUUUUAUGUGGCAAAUUUUAUUUGGCACAUAAAAGUUAAUACGCCAGUUUUUCAAAAAAUGUAUUUGCCUCACAGAAAUUGCCCAAUUUUGCAGUUCUACACGGGUAAAUAAAAAUUGUCACAGAAAAAUUGCUCGUGCAGAAAGGUAUAUCCACCGUUUGGCUACAUGCCUUUUACCCUAUAGGUAAACAUCACAAAAUAUACAGAAUUCUAGUUGGCUGCAUGUGCACUUCACUUCUUAUAUUUUUGUUUGUCUCUUAAGUAUUUGAUUCAUUUAUACUACAUCAUACUAUGAUACUCUUCAACCUUUUCCUCUAAUGCAAUGUUUGCCAUUGUUAUUUCGUUCCACAGGGCUCCGUAUUCUUCGCUCUACCCGAUGGCAAUGGUUUGUUGUACAACGUGACUGGAGUAUCUGAAGCGCCUAAAGCCAUCAGUAAUAUUGCUCGAGAUAUACCAUGCAAAACUGACUACACUGAAUUAUUGACAGUUAGCAACUGGUUGAAGAAACCUCAAAGGUACUAACACUUCAAACGUACUAUUGAAUAAUACCACCAUUUGUCGUGAAUUAAUAAAUUGCCCUCCAAUCUUUUGCAUCCACGCGCGGCCUAGGUCAUAUCCUACAUGAAUAUUCCUUAUUCCUCUUUACCUGAAUGCGGCAUAAUUGUAGCUUACCCAUCAACCCAACUAUAAUUCCUUAAAUUUCUUUAUUUAAUUUUGUUGAAAUGUUUCACCAAUGUGGGCACGGUCACCAUGACAACAUACGCGUGAAUUACCGUGGGCCCGUACCACUCACUCCUGUCAACUUUCCCUAUGAGGGGAGAGGAGCUUGUGACGGGCGGGGGCACCACGACAAAACGUACGAAAAGUGUUAAUUUCAUUUUUUUCACAUAAGAACCAGGUAUUGGGUCACAUCGAGAAAGCUCCCCACUCAGAGUCGAACCUGAGACCUUAGAAGUGAAAUGCGAAUUAUAUUUAUUAGGCUUUGUCAAAUGAACAUAAGACAAUAGCUAAACACACAUACAAAAACAAUAUAUACAUUGACAUGAGUAGGCAUACGAAACAGCUUUCGCCAAUUACAGCGUCCCUUUACAUAGUACGAGAGACACAACCAAAUGACAUUUUAGAUUGCAGGGUGAAGCAGAAUACCUCAUUAAUUCUACGUAUACACUAGUUUCUGUAACAGUUCACUGAAUUGAUACCAUGGAGUAUAUUUCUAUUUGAUUCGUUUUUCAAGUAUUCAGGUUAUUAUAAACAAGCUAAUAGAUGAUUCUGCUUCCUCCGCAACAAUCUAACUACAGCAUGAAAAUGGACAGGAAAUGUCAACGAAUGCGCUUACUCAGUCUAUUGUCAGAUGAUUUUAUAAUAUGUCAACGACAAAAUUCUACCACUUAGUGAAUUAUCACCACACCCUGACCGUGCCACACCAUCAUUACCAUAACAUUACUGUCAUUGCCACCAUGUUGUGAUUAUACCAUUGUCAUUUUUGUCACCAUCAAAAACGUUACCAAGACGGAUAGGGAAUUCGAACCCAUCGAAAUAAUAGAUAUAGAAUGCGUACUUGGUCGCAAAUCAUGUCUCCACUCUUCAUGUUUGCGCUUACAUAGCCGCAUUUAGCCAGGAGCGAGUGGUCGAGUGCUUUUGUUGAAAGAAAACCAAUGCCAUAUGUAUGUACCGCAAUAGACUGCAAAAGCAGAAACAAAAUUGGCCCUUACCUAAAUUAAAAAAUUGUCCUUACUUGGCUCCAAAAGCUUGGCUUACUUAUGGAUCCAAAAUUUCGACUGAGGACAGAUAUGAGCACGGAUUCUAUGUCUGUAUUUCAUUGCUCGAACCACUGGGCCUGAGACUAAACGUCUGAUGCUUUAACAACUAAACUAACCGACCUCGCAUACGUGCAACUUUCCUUCUAGAUUCCGUGUAAUUAUUGAGAUGAUAAAGCCGGUGUCCCAGGAUUUUCGCCCCCCCUACAUUUUCGCCCCCCGGGGGGCGAAAUUCCUAGGAAUAUCGCCCCCCCAGGGGGGCGAAAAUCCUAGGAAUUUCGCCCCCCUUUAGGAAAUUCGCCCCCCUUUAGAAACUUCACCUUUUCUUUAGGAUUUUUGUUCAAAAUUUUGCCCUUCCUAACAGUUGCAUGGGAUAAUUAUUACAUGGCUUUAUUUGAAAUUAGCAUCAAUUCAAAAUUGUUAGGACAGAGCUUGAAAUAACAACCGAUCACCGAUCAAUGAUCGGCAAGGAAUUGCUUAUGAGCGGCGGAAAAGCAUUGUUUUGGUUUCCAACCUGAAAAAAAGCAUGGAAAGUUAUAACUGCCGAUCACUAUGAUCGGGAACUUUGGGAAUGUUAUUUCAAGUCCUGUAAGAAUACAAAUUUACAAUUAUAUGUAUCGAAAGGGCUUACACAGUUACAGUGGAUCAAUAGGACUUAUGACGCUUCACAGCACACCAUGCAUAUUUUGCAUUUUCAGUGUUAAUCCUUAAACACAUUGUUAAAAAGUAAUCACCGUGGUGGUUAUUGUAAUUAUUGGUAUUGUUUUGCAUCCACGUUUUGUCGUUAUUGGAAAAUGUGUGGCUUAUAAGUUGUCACUAUUUUUUACUUCAAUAUAGUUUGUAAAUCUCAGAAGCGAAGGGUAGAACUUGCCAAUAGGCAAUACUCCAAUAAUAUACGUUUCAAAAAAGACAAAAAAGCUUUUAGUUUUGCAGAGUUACAUUCUCAAAUGUUUAAGGCGCUAAUAAAAUCAAAGUAUCGUGAAAUUAUUUGAAUAAACCACACCACAUAUAUAAUUAAUAACCUUGAAAGCUCUUCAAUACAUCGAUGUUCCAGGACAGAUGAAAAAGGAUCACAAAAUUGACUUCUAUGCCCACAAGGAAGGACUGUUUAGCGCUAAGGUACGCUACAUACGCUACAUCUGAUAAAAUGUUAACUGCACAAAUUGCGUUCUCAUGACAACUUUCAUUUUUGUAAAAUAUGGAUGAACAAGAAUGAUGAAUUUUUUCUGACUAAAUUUUCUGGCUGUGUGUACGAAACACUACUUUUUUCAGUCGGACUCAUUUUUUCCAUCAGUACACAUGUCAGAACUUUUGUGCACCGCAAGCCGUGAUUUUAUUUUCCUUUCCCGUGUACUUGAUGCUGCUCCUGGAUAGACGGUCAGCACAAGUGUGAGAAUAUAGGCCUAUAGGAUGAUUUAUUUUUGACUUAGUGAACAAUCACUAUAGACUAACUUUGAUCUAAACAAUAAAAACGAGAUUUUCGGAAAGGACCUUACAAAUGUGGUAAAAUCCUAAAAGUUGGUUGUCGUAAGUUGUUGUUGUAAUGUGUGGAAGAUAUAGCGUUACAAAUUAGGUUUGUAAAUGUUGUGUUACGUGCGGAAAUUGCUUUCACAUUUUUGUUCUUUUCGAGAAUUUCGUGGGGUUUUUUCGUCUAGUUUCUAAUGGGAAUGGUCCAUUGGAUCUUGCGACACUUGAACGGAUCACAUUGAAAAAAAACGAUCGACAAAAUCACAGGGUUUUAGGAAGUACAGUUCUAGGGUGAUAGUGAUCAGCUUUUUUAAAUUUUUUCUUCUCGUUUCAGGUGAUCUUUAAAAAUGAACAGACGUCGGAGUAUUUAUUCUAUUACAUCACAUUCAAGGCUACUCCGCCAGGAAUUAUUUCAACUAUUGACAUGACAACACCAGUGCGACAGGCCGCAUCUUACGUCAUCAACUUGUACAAUCCAUUAACUGCGCAAGUCAGCUUUUCAACUGCUUCAACGUUAUCGGAUAUUCUGCUUCCACCAAAUUUCACUGUGCCACCACAGUCAGAGGUAAGAAAUUAUUUUAGGUCGGUUUUUCUUCGAAGCAAGGUCAGAAUAUAGUUCUCUGGACAAAUACUUUUACAAUUUGUUUAUAGUGUGCGAGAUACUAAUGCGCUGGGGGCCGGUUGUUCGUAGCUUAAACAGCGGAAAAGUCAGAUUUAAAUUUCACUCCCAUUCGUCUUGGAUUUAUAAAAAACUGAACAUAAAAUUUAAACACUUAAUAAUUAUGUAGUUUUGUACAUAAGUGUUCUUUUCAGAUUGAAAAAUUUUGUUUUGAUUAUACAAUGUUUUGCUCGAUCUUUUGGACUCAUCCACCAUUUAGGCCAAACGGGCUACGAACAACCGACCCGAGUCAUCAAAUGUGAAUGAACUGUAACAUGUAUUGAUGCAUUACUGCAUCAUUGAUAGGGAUACGUUAAUGUUGUUGCCGAACAUAGAUCAACAUAAAACAUCCAGUUUUCUUCAACCAAAGGAAACUGCAUUAACUCGUUUCACGUUGCAAUAGUCGCAUUCCAGACCUGUUCAGAACAAUAAAAAAUACUUCAAUUAAAUAAAAAAAAACCUGAAUUAGAACAAGUCAGAUAUUAUUGGCACUGAUGAAGAUCCGGGCUUACGGAUCGAAAGCUUUGCGAUAAUAAAAUUACGUUGUGUAAACUACAAACUUUGUAAACAUUAUAAGAAAUACUUCGUUCCUUCGAAAAUCGCUGUCAAAUUGGAGAGGGGGUUUGGUGACCUCCUCAAACGUUGGUGUUUAUAUUUUUUUCACCAUUCUAUCCAAAUGGAACCAAAAUCUUUGCCUAUAAAUACGUUUGAUAUUUGUUGAGCUACGGUACUUAGCAAACAACACACUUUAAUGGCACCAUUACCCCUUGGUCCCAAACGGAGUCGAUGAUACAGUUAAUGAGUAAAACUUCCAACAAGUGUUUUAGUGUUUUACUAUGAAAUAUUUUCCGUAUUUCACAACAUUUCCCAACCAAACUUUGCAGUGUCACUAAUUUUAAGAUGAUCUUUCGAGCUGUGAUGAUAUAGAUGAUUUGUUCUUCUUGCCCAGAGCAGAAUUUAGCCUGUUAUGCAAAUUGUCCAUUACGUAUAUAUCCCGGUUUGUUUCGAAACUUUCAAGGAAGAAACAAUAGCAUUUAAAACGAGCACUUUCACUUUGUAAUUACAGUACCGUCCUCGAGUAACAUACACUCGACUCGCGCGUAGCGAGUACGCGCGAGUCACUCGCGAGUCGUUCGAGUACUCGCUUGACUCGCUACUCGCGAGUACGCGCAAAUCAUGUUGGCAAGACAUACUCGCUUCACUCGCAAAAUAGAUCACUCGCUGCACUCGCGAGUAUUUCGAGUCUGCGAGUAUAAAACCGGUAAAAACACUAAAAACACUAAAAAUCAAUUUGUUAAUGUAAAGUUUAUGUAGACAUAGGUAUCAGGUAUAAACACACAUAUAAUAAUCACAAAUAACCAACGCAGGCGGUUUUCCCAUAUUCGGUCAAAACUCCGUUGUCCUUCUAUUCGAUCAAAAGUCCCUUCCAUAAAUUUUGUCAGGUUUGAUGGCCGUUUAGAACAGAAUGAAUCACCGAAUUUUGUAUAGGUUAUUUUUGUCCAAAGGCAGAGCUCUCAACGCGACAAUGAAGAUGUCUCAAUUGAGCGCAAAUAACAAAUGCCGCAAAUUCAUCGCUCAUUGUAUCACUGUUAUGUCAUGUCACAUGUCAACUAGGAAUUUUUAGGAUACCCAGAAAAUAAAAAGACAUCAACAAUAAUUCAAACCAGGUGACGGAUUGUAUCUCACCUUAUGGUAUAUUUUGUAGGGAUGUUUUACUUUCGACUACCUUCCGUUAAAAUCUGGUGAUGUGACAGGCCGCCUCACGUUGUCCAGCUCUGAUCUGGGAUUUUAUCAAUACGACCUCAACUUGUCAGCAACGCCGGCCGGACCUGAAAAUCAAGUACAUUUCCGUACUUAUCUUGGCUCAACACAAAGUCAAACAUGUCGUUUCAACAACUUCUGUAAAUCGCGCGUUGAAUACGCGUGUAAGGUAAGACAUUCAUGCCUACAUAUUUUUUGAAAUUUUUAAGAAUAAGAAAAAAGUGCUUAGGUAAUUAGAUAAGCAAAUGGUUGUUUGCGAUGCAGAUUGGAAUUUCA